CGACACGCAUCUCAAAGUUUCGGAUCUUCUCUAACACAAGCAAAGUUUGAGAACGCACAUUCACCACGGAUUAUCCCACAUAUCCCAGCUCCCAUUGUAUCCCACUUCCCAAACACCUCUCGCACAUCACAGCCACCAAUCACUCCCCACUCUUCCAGGCAGCCUACAUAUUGCGCGCAAUCCUUCGUUCGAACCCCAUGACCCAUCAAGUUCAAGCAUAUACCUCACACCUACAGCAUUCGCUUAUCCCUGAGCUGGAGGGGACGCGGCGUCAUCUUUCUGCCGUGGACUUUGAUAUUUCAGAGUAUGAUUCCCUACUGGGGAGAAUCAAGCUCCUGGAAGACGAAAAGAGUCCAUCACUGGAUACAAUGAGCGAACUGGGAGCUGGUGUCUGGGUCCACACACGGAUACCAGAUCAUGAUCAACUCACUCUCGAUCUUGGCGUGGCCGGUUUACACGCUGACAUGAGUCUCGGAGAGGCUACUGCCUACAUCAAAAGUCUUCUCGCGAUCCUGAAAAAGUACAUCGAGGCGGGACCCAUCUUUGAUGACCUGGCUGACUGAUAGUGUAGGAGACAGGAAGUGUUGUCGCAGAAGGAGGAGUUCUUGGUCUGGCAGAUGGGACAAUUCCAUCAUAUCUUGUCAGCCCCGCCAGAGUCCAACGUUGCCUCUUCAGCUCUGUAGUAUUAUGCGCUGUUUUCGUACUCAUUGCCAAAGACUGCGUACAUCCUCUUGGUCCUUCAUUACCCGCUCAAAAGCCCGCCGAAGGGGGCGAGCCUGCCAAGCACGAAGGGGUCACUUCUCAAAAGUGACAAGAAGGGGUCAAUUCCCGUCUUCUACAGGGCUUGCCCAGUCAAGACAUACUGUAGCAUGCAUCAUGAUGGGA